AUGGUGGUUUCUGCAAUGCCCGGGGUCCACGUAUUCAAGGCACACGGUUACUGGACAGGAAUUAAGGAUAUGAAAGAACUAACCAACACGGGUGACAGUCAGGGGAAGGAUUCUUUAUUAUCUACCUCUCGUUCCCAACCCGGAUUACUGUAUGGUCUCCCCAAAGUACACAAACCUAAUGUUCCACUUAGACCCACCGUUUCAUCUUUUGGCACCUUCAACUAUAACACUGCUAAAUGUCUGGUUCCCAUCUUGUCUCCUUUGACUACCAAUCAAUAUACCAUUGAAAAUUCCACAGCCUUUGCUAAUGAAAUCACAUCCCUUGACCUCAAACAACCCGUCAAUAUGGCCAGUUUUGACGUGGAAUCGCUGUUCACCAACGUCCCCCUUCCAGAAACCACUGAUAUUUACCUCCAAACAGACGGGGAAGCAAUGGGCUCGCCACUUGGCCCUUCAUAUGCCAAAACUUUUCUCUGUCACCACGAACUAAACUGGCUCAAAGGAUGCCCAAUUGAAUUAAGACCUAUUUAUUACCGUCGGUACAUUGAUGACACAUUCUAUAUCAAAGUCAAAGUCAAAGUUGGUCCCAUGUUCACGUGA